GUGCAGACGUCUGUCGGCAGUGAAUGAGGCCCUCCAUCUUGUGGCGCGGCAAAGGAGAACGGCAGCAGAGAUGGCAGACUAUAGCAGCGUGGCUCCACCGUCCUCUAACGCUGGUGGGGGGAUGAACGAUGCUUUUAAAGACGCUUUACAGCGAGCGAGACAGAUCGCAGCCAAGAUCGGCGGAGAUGGCGUUGCGGCUCCACCAACGAACGAGUUUGGCUACGGAGGCCAGAAAAGGCCCCUGGAGGACGCUGGUGGGUAUUUUCCCAUGCCUAACCUGAAUAUCGAUCAACCAGAAACAAAGAAAGUAGCUACAAAUGACGCCUUCUCAGCCAUGGGAGGAAUGGGCGGCCCUCCAAGAUCAACAUCAGAGGAAUUCAAGGUCCCAGAUGGAAUGGUUGGAUUUAUUAUUGGAAGAGGAGGUGAACAAAUAUCCCGCAUCCAGCAGGAAUCGGGGUGUAAAAUACAGAUUGCUCCUGACAGCGGAGGGAUGCCCGACAGGUCGGUGACAUUAACAGGGGCACCAGAAUCAAUCCAGGCCGCAAAGAGACUUCUUACUGAGAUCGUGGAGAAGGGGCGUCCGGCUCCAGCUUUCCACCACAACGAUGGUCCGGGAAUGACGGUCCAGGAAAUUAUGGUGCCUGCUUCCAAAGCUGGCCUCGUCAUUGGGAAGGGAGGAGAGACCAUCAAAAGCCUUCAGGAACGAGCCGGCGUGAAGAUGGUCAUGAUCCAAGACGGACCUCAGAACACGGGCGCAGACAAGCCACUCCGCAUUUCCGGAGACCCAUUUAAAGUUCAGCAAGCCAAAGAGAUGGUGAUGGAGCUGAUCAGAGAGCAGGGCUUCAGGGAGCAGCGGGGCGAGUACGGGUCCAGGGUCGGAGGAGGAGACAGCUUAGAUGUUCCAGUCCCUCGGUUUGCAGUUGGGAUUGUCAUCGGCAGAAAUGGAGAGAUGAUAAAGAAAAUACAGAACGACACAGGAGUCAGAAUUCAGUUCAAACCAGAUGACGGCACCACGCCUGACAGGAUAGCACAGAUCAUGGGCCCUCCAGACCAGGCCCAGCAUGCAGCAGAGAUCAUCUCAGACCUGCUGAGGAGCGUCCAGGCUGGAGGCCCUCCGGGACACGGAGGGGGCAGGGGACGUGGUCGUGGGCAGGGCAACUGGAACAUGGGGCCCCCUGGUGGCCUGCAGGAGUUCUCCUUUACAGUCCCAACCAUGAAGACCGGGCUGAUCAUUGGAAAAGGGGGCGAGACGAUCAAAGGCAUCAGCCAGCAGUCGGGAGCCAGGAUUGAACUGCAGAGGAAUCCUCCACCCAACGCCGACCCCAACAUAAAGAUGUUCACCGUCAGAGGAAACCCUCAGCAGAUCGACUACGCCAGGCAGCUGGUGGAGGAGAAGAUUGGGGGUCCAGUGACUCCGAUGGGAGGCCCACAUGGUCCCCCAGGUCCACAUGGUGGGCCAGGUCCGCAUGGUCCUCCGGGACCACCAGGACCUCCAGGUGCUCCAAUGGGACCUUACAACCCUGGACCUUACAACCAAGGCCCUCCGGGACCACAUGGCCCUCCUGCUCCUUAUCAGCCUCAAGGAUGGGGGAACGGUUAUCCUCACUGGCAGCAGGGCCAGCCGGAUCCAAAUAAAGCAGCAGCAGAUGCCAACGCGGCAGCGUGGGCGGCGUACUACGCUCAGUACGGCCAGCAGCCUCAGGCCUCCAUGACUCCGACCAGCGGCGCUCCAGGCACGGCUCAACCCAACGGUCAAGGUGACCCACAGGCUGCAGGUCAGAGUGGACAGACAGAUUACACCAAGGCCUGGGAGGAAUAUUACAAGAAAAUGGGUCAACAGAAUCAGCCGCCUCAGGACUACACGAAAGCCUGGGAGGAGUAUUACAAGAAACAAGGUCAAGCCGCGCCGCAGGCCGCUCCGGCGGCAGCGCCGGCGGCCGCUCAGCCCGGCGGCCAGCCGGACUACAGCGCCGCCUGGGCCGAGUACUACCGCCAGCAGGCCGCCUACUACGGCACCGGAAACCCUCAGGCGAUGGGUGCAGCGCCACAAGCCCCUCAGGUACGCCGCGAAUAAGACUCUGCCUGCUACAUUGACUGCAUCACUUGUCAUUUGUACCUUAACUCCCCCCAGAUUCCUUCCUCAGGUUUUUACAGGGUUCCAGUGAACGCAGCAGCAGCAAAAAAACAACCUAACCUCACUUUUUCUUUUUCCUCCCUCAGCAGGUUUUUAAAUCUUUUUAUUUUGGGAAGCUGAGUCCACUGUUUCUGCUGUUAACAUGCAAUGUAUCUUCUAUGUAUUUCUUCUGCACAGGGCCAGUAAUGUGAAGUGGACAUAAAGUAAAUGCUACAUUGUCGAAACAAAAUCCUUUGUUAAAUGUUUGGAUGCAGACGCCUUGAUGAAGAUCUUAAAUUUCCUUGGUUUGAAAGUGUUUCACAUAGAUGGCAGAUUACCCGGCGAACACGUCCUCUUGGUUAUUUUGUUUUGUUUUCUUCUGUUUUUUUUUUCUUUCUGUUUUUCUUGUAAAUGCUAUGUUUUUAGUAAAGGUAAUUAUACAUAUGGUCAUUCCAGCCCUGUAUCUACAUUAAAUGUGGUUAGAACUCAUGUUUAUUAAACUGUAGACAUUACCAUGUAAAUCAUCUCAGUUUUAAAAAAAAAAAAAAGAAAAAGAAAAAAAAAUGCUAUUGCCUGUUGUGUUUUUGCAAUAAAACAAACUGAAACCUCCUGUGUUGGUAAGUUUGGGUGGUUCAAAACAAACAUGCAUUAAAAAAAGGGUUUAAAUGAAAGUUUUUGUUUUGUAUUACCUGUUUGAGACGUAGGCAAUGUGUGGGUUUGUCCUAUAAAAAUCGACUU